CGCGCUGGGCUGGGACUGGACGGACUCAGUGCAUACCGAGCGGGGGAGGAGCGGAGCGCGGUUGCUGUCGGUGCCUGGCUGUAUUGAUCCAGGAACAUGGCAGCGUCCACAGCAUCUUUCGCCCAGCUGUUCAGGCUGCAGAGUCCUCUGCGAGCAGGAUGCCGCUCCCUGCACAUGCUCGCUGGCGAGCCCCAGGGCCCCGUGGUGAAGACCGAGAUCCCCGGGCCGCGCUCCAAGGAGCUCCUCGGCGAGCUGUCCUCCAUCCAGCAAUCAGGCUCCGUGCAGCUCUUCGCUGACUAUGAGCGCUCGCUGGGGAACUACCUCGUGGACGCGGACGGCAACUGCAUGCUGGACGUGUACACCCAGAUCUCCUCCAUGCCCCUCGGCUACAACCACCCCGACCUGCUGCGAGUGCUGGACAACCCCUACAACGUGAAAACGAUGGUGAACCGGCCGGCGCUGGGCGUGUUCCCAGGACAGGACUGGCCCAAGCGGCUCAACAAGAUCCUGACCCAGGUGGCGCCCCCGGGGCUGACCCAGCUCACCACCAUGAUGUGCGGCUCGUGCUCCAACGAGAACGCCUACAAGAACAUGUUCAUGCGCUACCGCCGGCAGCAGCGCGGCGAGGACGUGGGCUUCACCAAGGAGGAGAUGGAGUCCUGCAUGAUCAACCAGGCGCCCGGCUCGCCCAACCUGUCCAUCCUGUCCUUCCAGGGCGCCUUCCACGGCCGCACCAUGGGCGUGCUGUCCACCACGCACUCCAAGGCCAUCCACAAGCUGGACGUGCCGGCGUUCGACUGGCCCAUCGCGCGCUUCCCGGUCUACAAGUACCCGCUGGAGGAGAACGAGCGCGAGAACGCGGAGGAGGACAAGCGGUGCCUGGCCAUGGUGGACGACUUGUUCGAGCAGUGGAAGAAGAAGGGGUGCGACGUGGCGGGCAUCACGGUGGAGCCCAUCCAGGCCGAGGGCGGCGACAACCCCGGCUCCCCUGCCUUCUUCCAGGGCCUGCAGCGCAUCGCGCACAAGCACGGCGCGGCCCUGCUCAUCGACGAGGUGCAGACGGGCGGCGGUCCGACGGGCAAGUUCUGGUGCCACGAGCACUUCGACCUGCCCACCGCGCCCGACGUCGUCACCUUCUCCAAGAAGAUGCUGAUGGGCGGCUACUUCCACAAGCCCGACCUAACGCCCAACUUGCCGUACCGCGUGUUCAACACGUGGAUGGGCGACCCGGGCAAGCUGCUGCUGCUGCAGGAGGUCCUCAAGGUGGUGCGCCGCGACGAGCUGCUGAGCGUGGUGCGCGCCGCGGGCGACGUCCUCUACAAGGGCCUCCGCAGCCUGGAGAAGGAGUUCCCCAACCUGCUGUCCGCGACCCGCGGCCGGGGCACGUUCCUGGCCGUGGACGCGCCCAGCGGCAAGGUCCGCGACGACCUGGUGGCGCGACUCCGAGCCAAAGGUGUGCAGUCCGGCGGCUGCGGCGAGCAGAGCAUCCGACUUCGGCCCGCCCUCAUCUUCCAAGAGCAGCACGCGCACAUAUUCUUGGACAUCUUCCGCCAGGUCCUCAAGGAAACCAACUAACGGGAUGAGAUUCUUACACCUUUUGUGAAUAUCAGAGACAAUUUGUCAUAAAAUUAUAAUUUAUUAAGCAUUGAUACAUGCAACUAAAUCAGGUAUGAGAAUUUAUGCCACCCAAGUGGCAGGUAAAAUAGCUUUAUAAAAUAAAAGACAUCACCUUCAAGCAAAAAGUACGUACUCAUAAAUGAUUUACCUCUCAUUUAAAGAGUUAUCAAAAUAAAAACAAAAAACAAGAGAUGUAAAAAUACAUUUCUAUUAAGAGAGGAUAAUUGUGUGCCAUUCAUGAAAAAUAUUAUUAGAGGCCACUUUCAAUACGACAGUCCUGAUUUCACUCUAGAGAAGUGAUGAAAGAAGCGACAGUUUUCACUAGAAUUGUGAGCAACCGUGAUAUUGAAUCAAUGUCUUCCAUUGCAUGAUACUUUAAACAAUGUAAAUAAUGUCUUCCAAAACUUAUUUGUAGAAUGUUACACAAAUGACAUGAGAUUGCAUACCAAUAAAUACGUGUGUGAUAAAAUGAAA